AUCGGACACGUUUCACGUAAUACGUAUGCGAGGGAGUGUAGACGACGGAAAGGGUAGAAAACGCGGUAGUUAACAAGACGCAAGUUCUACGUGCUUCGAGAAAAUGUCACUUUUUGGAGUAAGCAAUCCCUUUUCUACGCAAGUAGGACAAAAGAUCGAAUCUGCUACAGAUGGUAACUUACCUAGCGAGAAUUGGACGCUUAACAUGGAGAUAUGUGAUAUUAUAAACGAAACCGAGGAUGGGCCAAAAGAUGCUAUUAAAGCUAUAAAACGCAGACUCAAUCAGGCAGCGGGCAAAAAUUAUACCAUAGUGAUGUAUACGCUUACCGUGUUGGAAACGUGUGUGAAAAAUUGUGGAAAACGUUUUCAUGCUCUUGCUUGUUCGAGAGAAUUUGUGCAAGAUUUAUUUAAAUUAAUCGGUCCCAAAAAUGAACCACCAACAGCAGUUCAAGAGAAAGUUUUAAGUUUAAUCCAAACUUGGGCAGAUACAUUCCGUCAUCAGCCACAUACUCAAGGUGUUGUGCAAGUUUAUCAAGAAUUAAAAAUGAAAGGCAUACAAUUCCCAAUGACUGAUCUAGACGCUAUGGCACCAAUUAUCACUCCUGAAAGAGUAAGAAGUGUACCUGAAACAGAGCAAAUUCCGGCAAGUCUAACUACGAAUGAACAGCCUGCGUCUCUAGGAACACAACAUUUACCUUCUCAAACAUCACAGUCUGGCCAGUUAACUCAAUUAAGCGAACAACAGUUGGCCAAAUUACAAAGUGAACUUGAUGUUGUACAAGGAAAUAUGCGUGUAUUAUCAGAAAUGUUGGCAUAUUUUACAAGUCCAGAUCAAAGUUGCAAGCAACAACCAGAUUCUGCGGAUUUUGAGUUAUUGAACGAACUUCAUUCCACAUGUAAAGCGAUGCAAGAACGUGUUGUCGAUUUAAUUGGUAAAUUGGCUCACGAUGAAAUGACAGCGGAACUAUUACGCAUUAAUGAUGAAUUAAAUAAUCUGUUUCUUCGUUAUACGCGUUAUACGAAGAAUAAAAUGCAAGUACCAGCGAGCACUAUAUUAGCCCAGACAAUUGCACAACCACCGAAUGCUGAAUCGAUUCAAACUCUUACUAAACGAGAAGCGGACUCACUUAUAGACUUAUCUGAUGAUGUGGAUAAUUUAACAAAGCAAAUGAAUGAACUCGAUACGGCUGAAGGUAUAGACAAAAACACAAGACAAAAGGAGAAAAGAGAAGGAGAUAACGAUGAAUUUGAUAUGUUUGCACAAUCGCGUAAUGCAACGUACGAAACAACAAAAAAUAGUGGCAGCAAAUACGAGGAUAAUUUGGAGCAGGUGAGAGGAGGGAGUCUAAGUACGGCAAUUCUCAACCGCAAUAAUCCUAAAUUACCUCAACAGACCACUACUAGUGCUAGUCCGAAUCUGGAAUCUGAAUUCAAUGAAAUGGCAGCCUGGUUAGAUCGCACACCCGGAGGGCAAGGUGAUCAAGAGUCUUUAACAUCAUCGGAAUUUGAGCGCUUCUUAGCAGAACGUGCAGCCGCGGCUGAAGCUUUGCCAACGCUCCCUACAGCCACAACUGCCACCUCGAAUUCCUCGACUACCGGUAAUCAGAACAUUCAGCGCCAAAUUAAUAAAGAUCAAGACAAAUCUUUAUUCGCUCUUUAAGUACCUUAAAAUGAUCUGUUGUAUAUGGGAGGUUAAACUUAUUUAGGACUGCCGUGCUAUUUUAUAAACGGCAUGUAUCUACAAUUUUUCCCUCUGAUGAAACCACGUUUCCACAAUAUCGUCAAUAAUUUAAGCUACGGAUUUGUAUUUUUAACGUAAGGGGCUGAAAUAAGAGAGAAAUACAAAUAUGGGGGGAAAAUAUACAUAUGAAAAAUGCUUGUGCUUGUACGUACUUAAUAAGAUGAUCAUAUGCAAUCAUGUCUGAGAUAUUGUUUCACUUAUAAAAUUGUGGUUACACACAAACACAU